AUUUUAUAUAUAUUGUAUUUAUUUUUUUUAAUUCAGCAAAAAACGUCGGUCGGAACAAAGCGGAGCUAACAGUGCUAGCUAUCAAUGUUUACAGCUAACGUUAGCUAAUGUAGCUAGCUAGCUAUUCUAAGUUAUUUAACUUGUUUGAGAUAACGUUACAGUGUCGCUAAAUAAUGCCGAACCGUCCGCUGUAAAGUCACGUUUUACCCACUUUACUGAUAAACUGCUGUGUCUGUCGGGUAAUAUACUUUAAAACGUUAUUUACCAAACAUGUCCAGCACCGUGCUGGGGGUCGGUGAGGGCGUCUUUGUUGUCGCGAGCGUUUGGAUCGCAGCUCUUGUUUUCGGGAUGAUGCUGCUCAGAGCAUCCGGGUCUGCAAAGUUAGGCGUUAUCCCCAUUUUCUUACUGGCUCUCACCAUCACUUUAGUGUUGGUGUUUUUCCCUCGGAGCCCAGAGACAGCGACAACUUUCAAAGAGAUCGAGAUAGUGGACACGUUGUUCAUCGGGCGCUACGUCCUGCUGGCGGUGGUGAGCGUGGUCUUCCUGCUGGUGUUCUUCAUGCUGCUGCCCUUUCAUUUCCUGGAGCCGGUCUAUGCCAAGGCCUUGAGAACAAACUAGAGGUGCCAGGGUCAGAGCUGGCACCAGAACCACACCGCUGAAGUACACAACUUAAGACAAGCAAGGCCGAUGAGAGCCCCCCGCCCCCCUUCUUCAUGUGGAAACAGACUACAGAAUGAAUCCCAAACACAAACAGCAGGAGCCUCCAUGUUGUCUUCACAGCCAACUGUCUGCACGUUGGUGACUGUUUAUGUCCAACCAGCAGAAAAGACACGUCCAGCAGGUUGUUUUUUAUAUGUUUUAUCAUUUAAUACACAAGAUGAAUAAAUGUUUUUAGGCAUACUACAGGACUGAAACACUGUUUUUAUAAAGACAUUAUAUACAGUCAUGGGAAAAUGAUUGGAUCACUCUUGUUUACUCCUUGCUUUCUUGUUUAUUUGUUGUUUAUUUUAAUGCCUGGUACAACUAAAGGUACAUUUGUUUGGACAAAUAUUAGGAGUUUAAUUUAAGAGCGGAUAUUUAGCUAUUUUCCAUGG